UCCGCAUUCGUUAUUUUAUACCAACUCACGAACUUGCGAUCGACUCGAAUUGUACGUAGAUCCCAUCGAAGGCACGGUGGGAAUUCGACCGAUGCUACGCCGCUUGCUGCUCGCGACGCUGGUCGCCACCGCCAUUCACGGCGUGCGGUUCGACGAUCGAGUUGUGUGGAUGCCGCAGGCAAAACUAUACGUACAGGACGCGGCUACCCCGUCCGAGGAUGCACUCUCGCAGGCCAUCGCGGCUUGCGACCUCACCUGCAUCAAGGACAAAGUUACCCGCACCAUUGCGUUUGUGCAUCGUCAAAUGAGCACGUUUCCAGCGCCCGGCCUUGCGCUGUCGGUGGUGUACGCGAAUCGAACUGUGCUUGCCCAAGGGUUUGGCCUUGCCGAGCACGGCAACCGCAAGGCGGUCGUGACCCCACACACGCUCUUCGAAGUCGGGUCGUUCUCGAAAACGUUUGUCGCCGUGGCCAUCGCUGUCCUUGUCGACGAAGGCAAACUGACCUGGACCGACUCGGUGCAACAGCACUUGCCGUGGUUUGAAUUCGCCGACGCGUAUGCGACGCAAUUCACGACCCUUGCCGACCUCGCCGCCAUGAACUCUGUCUUGGGCGAUUACGAAGGCGACGACGUGAUCGCAACGGGGGUGUAUCUCACCGAGAAGAACCUUGUCCACGCGCUUCGCCAUUUGAACACAACGCGGCAGGUCCGUCCGGGGUAUGCGUACAGCAACCUGAACUACGAGAUUCUCGGCCAAGUGAUCGAGGCGGUGACAAACCAGCCGUGGCACGAGUACAUGCGCAGGGCGAUUUGGACGCCCCUCGGCAUGACCAACACAGUCGGACGGGCACAGGACAGUCGCUCGAGCAUCUCGGGGGGGCAUUUUCACUGCAAUGGACAAGUCCUCGGUCCGUUCGAUGUCACCAACUCGUCCCGGGUGAUGCUCCGGCCCGGCGACCACUACGCCGCCGCAGGGUCCAUCUUGUCGACGGCGGCCGACCUGUCCAAGUUUUCCGAGUUUUUAAUGCGCAAGGGCGGCAGCCUGAUGAAGUCCCCCGCCGUGAUUGCCGACCUGAUCACGGGCCACAGCGUCGUGCCGUUGCCGGUCGAGUUUGCCACGAUCAGCGGGUAUGAAUUCGUGCCCGACGGCGACGCCGUCACGGCCGGGUACGGCUUUGACGUGGUUGGGGACAUCAUGCAUGGCCACCAGUACGUCGACAAGGGCGGGGACACGUUUUCGUUUCACACACGAACGGGAUGGCUCCCGGCGCACGGCGUCGGGGUCAUCUUGGUGGCCAACGCGCAAUCGUUUACUGGACGCCCCCGCGACAUGGCCACCAUCGACCUCAUGCGCACCUACAUCCUUGGCGUCUUCCUGGACAUCCCCCCGGCGCAGCUGGACCGUCAAUUCCAAGCGUCCCUCGCCCAAGUCGACAAGUUGUUUCGUCCGUCGGCGUGUGAUCCGUACUUUUAUCAAGGCAUCCCGUGGGACAUUCCCGGCGUCACCAUCCCGAACGCGACGAAAGCGGCCCUCGUUGGCACGUACCACGCGGUGCAGUCGCCAGCGUACUAUGGCGCGGUCGUCGUGAGUUUGAACGGGACGACGCUCUGGAUGGAAUACGGCGUGUACAAGCGCAGAUUGAUCGCGACGCUGGACUCGGCCACCCUCGUGUGGGCCGUCGACAUGGGAGACACGACGACAACGGUGACCAUUGCCGACGUUGACACGGCGCGGCCGCGGAUCACGUACGGCGUCGACUUUAUUCGCGACCUUUGACUCCAUCCGCUCAUUCAAAACUCGUCACGUGGUUGGAAAGCCGAUGCGUCGUUGUCAGGUUAUUCGAUACGAUCUGUCGUGAAAGCAUGUUGCGCACACCGGCGAUCCCGGUUGGGGUUCCUUCCCCCGGCAGGCGCU